ACCAAUCCAGUGACGAAGCAAAACACACUUUUUGAUGGAAGGGUUCUAUUGAAAUGAUUGUCAACAGGUGUCAGUAAAACAAAAAACCAACUAGUCUAGAUCUAGUGUGGUGGAACGAGAGGAGCUGGAUUAACAAACUGCUCUCAUGUCGGGAUGAGGGACAUUGGAAGAUGGCUUUUCUUGUUCAUCCUAUGUGUCGCGCAAUUUCACAUGGGAAGCACGAACAACGCAGAUAUUCUUCGAGGGCAAUGCUUUUCUUUUUGUUUGAAGCUAAAGGGCCCUCUUAGAUCAAAUUCUAAAAAUGGAACUAAUGUGACCUCAGACAGUGCAUUGUCCUCCUUCAAAAGUAUCAAGGUGUGUGAAAAACAUAGAGUUUGCAAAUGGUGCCUUUAUGCCUGUGAAAGACCAAUCAGUGACUAUGAGAACCACAAUGACUGCCUACAAGACUGCAGUAUUCCACGAAUUAGACGGAAAGUCACACAUCAGCAGGCAUGUAACAACAGCUGUGAGUUCAUUGCCAAAACUUUACAGUCCAAAUAUGGCAGUUGUCCAAGCCCCAAAAAUAUGACAGGGUUGGAUACAGCGUGUGUCCAGGAGUGUGACAGGGACGUACAUUGUGAUGGGAUGCUGAAGUGUUGCCCCAACAGCUGUGGGAGGAUAUGCCACCAGCCCUUGGAGUAUCAAGCUAUACCUCCAGUACCAACAAACCUUGUUGUUGAUAGCAGGAAGAAUGGUGGACUGCAUAUAGAGUGGGUAAAGGGACUGAGUCCAGCUGUACCCUCCCCUGUCAUCUAUGUAGUUCGAUGGUGGUGUCCGAGCAUUAAUUAUUCAGAUCGUUAUUUUGCUACAGACACUCAUGCUAAGUUGGAUAAGACAACAAAAAUUGAGUAUGGAGCUUCGUGUAACUUUACUGUAGCCUCAGUCAAUACACACGGCUCUAGAGGCUUUAUCAAGUCUAUUAACUAUGUCAGGCGCCUCGAAGACCCAUCAGCCCCACGACACUUGGAACUUGCAAAAAGCAAGCAGCAUGGACAGAAGGUGGACAUCACAGUGAAGUGGGACCAUCCAGAGUAUACCCUAGGGCUUCCCAUCAACCAUUACAUGAUAUUUUGGAGUGAAGGCCUUCCGCGUGCUAGUCCAAAGUAUGUGCGAUUGUUCAUGCAUCAGAGGAAGAUUGGCGCAGACAGCACCAGUCAUACCAUCUCUAGACUUGAUCCUUGUACAGUUUACUUUGUGCAGGUCAGGGCUGUUGUAAAGUGGCAUGAGAGGACUCUCAGAGGCAAAGUUGCCUCGACUUACAUUGAUGCCUGUCUUGGUCCUAUUCCAGCUGAACCAGUUGACAGCUAUACCCCAGUUGUAGAUUUACAGUCUGAGCCAACCAUUUUCAAUGUAACUGUUAGUGAAGCUGUAUUCAGAAAUAACAAACUUACAACAGACGUCAAGUGGUCUGUUUAUCCAGCUGCGAAUGUUGAUAAAUUCACGCUGUUUUGGAGAUUACACCUAUGUGAGGGGGAGUCUGAACACAGAAAAACUAGAGAUAGAUUAGAGAAUGAUGCAACAACUUAUAAUCAAAAUUUUACACUUUACAAUCUCAUCUCUAAUUGUGUUUACGAGCUGAAAGUUCAUUCAGUGAAUUAUCAGGGUAGAGAAGACAAGGGAGUUAAGACAUUUUUCAAAACACCACCCUGUGCAGAGACUAUAGGGGUUUAUGUAAAGAGAAAUUGUCUUGCUGAAGUAAAAACGAUACAGCCUCCGUCUAAGCUGGAGAUCAGGUUUAAAAAAGCCAACUGCAUAUGUCAGGCUGUGCUGAGCUGGCAGGUUCCAGCGGAGGAAGGGGCUCACGUCCAGCACUACACUCUGAUGUGGGGCCAGAGUCAGACGUCCACGGUGCCAGAGACCAGCCAGUCUGCUGUGGUCUACUACUCAAAGCCUUAUGAACUCCAGUUGCCUGGGAAUGACUCCCAGGCCUGCCUGACGUUUCUAGAGCAAUCCAAGCACUACACUGUGCAGGUGUUCUCUCAUGGCCCCAAGGUGAAGAGUUUACCUGCUGUACUACACUACACAACACCUGACACAAUAGGCCCAUGCUAUGACACAAGUGGUCUCCAGGAUUCCUCCAGGUCUACAGUGUUCCAGAGUUCAUUGACCUCAGACUUCUCUACAGCUCAGACCAGUGUAGUCGAUGCUAAAAAUAAAUCUCUCCAUCUGAAAGGGAAUCCAUCAUACAUUGCCGUUCUCUCUCUUAUCUGUAUGGCUAUUUAUAGAUUUGGUCUUCAUUCUUAAAGCACUUUUAAAAAGCUUUUAUGACCAAAUUGUGCUUAAAGUACACAGGGAGAGGUCAAAGUGACCACAUCAUUCAAGGUGUUGUGUUUCACUGUUUAGGUUCGUGGAGCAAAUUGUCUGCUAUUAUUAUGCUGGGUACUGGUUAAUGCUAAAUAGACUCUAGGACAAUCUAACCAGUCUUUAAACCUUGAGAUUUUAGCAGUGGUCACUGACCAACAGCCUUCACACUAGUCAGAUGAGAUGGUCAUUGACUGGAACUUUCCUGACCAGCAAGCUCCAGAUGGUCACUACCAAGAACCUUGAGAUUCCAGCGACAUCCCAAAUUCUUGUGGAGUCACUGACCAACACCAGCUAAUUUUAGCUGUUUAGCUCUGAUGGUUAUUGAUCUGGUAUUUACACAAUCUAGGGAUAAUGGCAGAAACAGAAAAGGCCUUUUCUCCCAACUCAAAAUAUUCAAAGUUUCAAAUGAUGAUCAUUGAUACGAAGGUGGCUUUACCAACUCUGAACAUUCAACUUCACAAUAAUGAUCAUCGAUAUCAAGGUCACUUCCCAAAGUUUGAACAUGCAAUUCAAGUACAUAUUGAGGAUCACAGAUACAAUCAGAACUUUCACAAGCGUUGCAUUUAUUUGUUCUUGUCCAUAAGUCAUUACAUAAGUACUUGUCACAUGCAGGAUAUUCCACCCUAAAUGACGGAAAGUAUAACUAGAAGACUCAAGUGAUUAUAAAUACUGUGUUCACUAUGCUUGAAGUAAUUCAUUAGCAGACUUUGGUUCCCAUUUUGCUACAGAAAUUAUUCAAACAAAAACUUAUAAUGUGAAAAAUGCAAGUUGCUUCAUAUUUAAGAUGACUUUAAAGUUUUUUGUAUUUUUUGUGUUACUGUAACUGUUUUAUUUUGCUUCUAGUUUUUUACUUUGUUUAGGUAACUGAACUGACUUGGGAUUGUUGUUUUUCCCUAAACCAUCUGGAGAUUUAAUGUUGACAAACACUGUGUGCCUUAGAUUGUAGAAUGUAGUUGUUGAACAUUAUUGGAAAAUUUUACCACCAGUAACAAAUUAUGCAAAUACUGCAUAUGCAUUAGUAUUUUAGAAAAAUAUUGGAAAUUUUUUCCUUAACAAAAAUUUCAUUUUUCAUCUUGUUUACAAGAAAUGUUUUGUUUCCUUUCUGUACAAACUUUGUUUUUUUUUUUAAAAUAUUAUUUUUCUUUGUGAUUGUAACAAUAAAUAAGAAUAGAUGCUAUCUUGCUCUGAUAUCAUUCAUCUUGGUGCUAACUGGAAAUCAUUUUACCCUUUUUAAAAUGAAAAGAUCUAAAAGCAAACCUUAUUUUCAAACUGCUGUUUAAAUUUAGUCUAUUGUUGUUACAUGUCUGGAAGUUGAGAUUUCAGCAGUGUAAGCAAUUUUUUAAACUGUUGAAUUGAUUGUAAAAUAAUCUUUCAUAGCAGUUCCCCUCAAGGUUUGCUCCUCUUGUUGAACAAAUUCCCUACAUCACAAUAUGUUCUCAACAUUAAACUUGUUCCCUUAUU